AUGUUCGUUGGGUUUGCGGCGAAAGCAGUAAAAUGACUUCGAGGUUGAGUGUUUGAAGCAAGUGUUUUGGUUGUUUAAUAAUUUUCGGGUGCUUUAUUGCGUUAUAUUCCCUGUUGAAUAGCUAAUUACUAGUUUUGUGUGUUUAUAUAAGUGUGUUGUCUUAUUUCUGCCAUUCUAAAAACAUUGAAGUUGUCCUUGCUUGGUUGCCUGGCCACAGUGGCAUUUUAGGUAAUGAAACUGCAGAUCUUUGUGCCAAAGACGCCACAACAACUGGCUGUAUGGAUCAUUACAGAGUUUAUUCUAAUGAUUUACUCCCAAUAGCUAAACAACGAUUGCUUUCUUCUUGGAAUUCUUGUUGGCAAAAGACUAGUUUUUCUAAAGGUAAAUCAACAGAGAUCCUGUCAUCAAACAUUCUUAGCUACUCACUUAAUUCUUAGUGAAUAUCUGUGACCUUGCUCGUUCACGAAGCCCGCUAUAGAAAGCAGAGUAUUAAAUACACUUGACAUUGGCGAAAUCUAAAAGGAAACGCCAUAAACCUAAGAGAUAGAUAAGCAGUAAAAUUGGUCACUGCAUUGUAAUAUUAACUGCUGAAAGCAAAGCGUUUAUGUAUUAAAAUGUGUUUGUUAUUGCAUUGAAUUUAUAAUUCUGCAAAAGAAGCAUAUAGUUUAAGAGAAAAUGGAGAAAAUAAACUGCAGUUUGUUAGCAAUAUCGCUUUGUGCAUUGUUGUGGGGUGUGGCCGGUCAGUACGAAUGGCAAAUACGCGAUGCUUUUGACGAAGUCCGAGGGAAGAUGGACAAGAUUAAUAGCGAAAAUUGUUACAUUAGUCAUCUUGAUGACUUAUACCUCUCCGAAGACUCUGUUUCUCACCAUCCCGACGUGAAAGAGAUCAACAUCAACCCGGUAUUCCCAAACCGUACCGCGAUGCUGCAUUUGCACAAUAUGGCCAUGAAUAGAGCUUUUUUCUGGAGCUUCGUUCUCCAAACCAGGUUUAUUAGACCCGCCAUCAAUGAUACCUAUGAUCCUGGUAUGAUGUAUUAUUUCCUUUCGGCCGUUGCCGAUGUGGCUGCCAAUCCCUACAUAAACGCUAGUGCAAUAUAUUUCUCCCCAAAUAUGUCGUAUACCUCGUCGUACAGAGGGUUCUUUAACAAGACCCUGCCGCGUUUUGCUCCCAGAGCAUUCCGAGCUGAUGAUUUCAACGAUCCUGUACACUUACAAAAAAUAUCUACUAUGAACACGUUUAUAAUUGAAGAUUUAGGUGCGUUCGAACCAGAUAGCUUAUCGAAAGACUAUACGUCAGAAUUCUACAGGACCAAUGAGUGGUAUAAGGUGUGGUUACCUGACAGAGUGGAAAGGCGUCAUGAUACUAAGACUACAUAUCAAGUGGAGAUCAGAUAUGCUAACAAUACAAACGAAACAUUCACAUUUCAUGGUCCACCAGGGAAUGAUGAGACUCCUGGUCCAGUGAACUGGACCCGUCCAUACUUUGAUUGCGGUCGGCUGAGCAAGUGGUUAGUGGGUGCGGUUUCGCCUGUUGCUGAUAUAUACCCUCGACACACGCAAUUCAGACAUAUUGAAUACCCCACUUACACGGCUGCCGUGGUGAUGGAAAUGGAUUAUGAGAGGAUCGACAUAAACCAGUGUCCUCCGAGUCCGGGCAACGACCGACCGAACAAGUUCGCAUCGACGGCUCGAUGCAAAGAAACAACAGAGUGCGAGCCGUUGGACGGGUGGGGCUUCCGUCGCGGCGGCUACCAGUGUCGCUGCCGGCCCGGGUACCGGCUGCCCAGCAUCGUGCGCCGCCCCUACCUGGGGGAGAUCAUCGAGCGGGCCACCUCCGACCAGUACUACAACAACUUCGACUGCUCCAAGAUUGGAUGGAUCCAAGGUCUGCCGUCGGAGCUGGAGAAGGCGCCGGCGUUCCUGCGCGCGGUGUACCGGGACCGCUACCACGAGUACGUGCAGGCGGCCACCGGGCCCGCCGCGCUGCACGCGCCGCGACCCAACGUCUACGAGAUGCUCAACUUCAUCCGCGGCGUGCGCCCGGACAACUGCUCCCGGUACAACCCCAGCGACCUGGUCCUGAACGGUGACUUGGCGUUCGGAGUCGAGAAGCAGCUGGAGAACCAAGCCAAGAUGGCCCUGAGGCUGGCCAACUUCAUCAGCGCGUUCUUGCAGGUGUCGGAUCCACAAGAAGUGUUCAGCGGGAACCGAGUCGCCGACAAACCCCUGACCGAAGACCAGAUGAUAGGCGAGACCCUGGCCAUCGUGCUCGGAGACUCCAAGAUCUGGUCCGCCGGCACGUACUGGGACCGAGAGAAGUUCCCGAACCGCACGUACUUCGCGCCCUUCGCCUACAAGACCGAGCUCAACGUGAGGAAGUUCCGUCUCGAGGACCUGGCGCGACUCAACUCCACAGAGGAAGUGUACACGAACAAGCCCUGGUUCCAGUUCCUGAAGCAGCGCUGGUCGAGCAACUUCGACAGCCUCGAGCAAUACUUCCUCAAGAUGAACAUCCGCGACUCGGAGGCCGGCAAGUACCUCAAGCACUACGAGCGCUUCCCGCACUGGUACCGGGCGGCGGCGCUGCGCCACGGGCACUGGACGCAGCCCUACUACGACUGCGGGGGCCGCGUGCCGCAGUGGGCCGUCACCUACGCCGCGCCCUUCUUCGGCUGGGACAGCGUCAAAGUCAAACUCGAGUUCAAAGGUGCGGUUGCGGUGACGAUGUCAUUGCUGUCUCUAGACAUCAACCAGUGCCCGGACAAGUACUACGUGUCCAACGCAUUCAAGGGAACGGAUAAAUGCGACAGGAGCUCGUCUUAUUGCGUCCCGAUCCUGGGCCGCGGCUACGAGGCGGGCGGGUACAAAUGCGAGUGCCUGCAGGGCUUCGAGUACCCGUUCGAGGACCCCACCACGUACUACGACGGGCAGAUCGUGGAGGCAGAGUUCCAGAACAUCAUACUCGACAAGGAGACGCGCAUCGACAUGUUCAAGUGCCGCCUGGCCGGCGCCGCAGCCCUGGGGCUCAGCCCCGCCCUGCUGCUCGCGCUGGUGGCCACGCUGGUCGGCCUGCGGUAGUGCCCACGCUCACCUUCAACUGAAGCGGCUGUACCCUUUAGAACGGUACUAACUUGAUAUUAAAAAUUAAUUCUAAAAGCAAUCACUACAACAGUAGUAUGCUUAGUGCGAGUUUUUUAACAUUCUUGAUAGCGUAAAAGUUAGCUUAUAUUUGUAUGGAAUGGGAUCGUUUGCCUACGUUUGCUGCUAGGGAUGCUGUUCCAACUGCAUACAAAUUUGGUUUAACUUUUACGCUAUCGAAAACGUUAAGAAACUCGCACUAAGCACACAGAACAAGAGCGACUGUCACACGUGCAGUGUCCAGCAGCUCGCGGCGCCUCCCCGCGGACACGGGCUCCGGAUUGAGAUUUCAGUUAUAGUCUGUCCCUACCUCCUAAGGUAGGGACAAAAACUCGAAUUCUGUUAGAAGGCGAAUCGAAUUCUGAGAAGAUGAAGAAGAAAAUCUUUAUUCGCCAGAAAUAUAGUUUACAUGAUAUUAUGGAUAUAGGACAUGCGCCGAUGUUUCAAUGAGCCGCUCUCACCUUGGUUAGCAACCCAGAGUCGCGCACCAAAAGUACAGUGCUACAUUCUCUGUUAUUCAUUAUUUAGACUGAUUUUGUACAUCAAAUUGAUACAUACUUUUUAUGUGUGUUAACUUAGAUUGUACCACAAGCGUGUCUACGUUAUACGCUUAGAAAAUAUUAUGUACUAACCAUAACUUUCCGAUAACUUUUCGGCGUCGCGACGUCAUGCUGUAACGUAACGUCGUAACGUCGCUCUGCAACGUCAAGCUGCAACGUCAUGCUGCAAGUCGCUCUGCAACGUCAAGCUGCAACGUCAUGCUGCAAGUCGCUCUGCAACGUCAAGCUGCAACUUCAUGCUGCAACGUCGCUCUGCAACGUCAAGCUGCAACGUCAUGUUGCAACGUCGCUCUGCAACGUCAUGCUGCAACGUCGCUCUGCAACGUCAAGCUGCAACGUCAUGUUGCAACGUCGCUCUGCAACGUCAUGCUGCAACUUCAUGCUGCAACGUCGCUCUGCAACGUCAAGCUGCAACGUCAUGCUGCAAGUCGCUCUGCAACGUCAAGCUGCAACUUCAUGCUGCAACGUCGCUCUGCAACGUCAAGCUGCAACGUCAUGCUGCAAGUCGCUCUGCAACGUCAAGCUGCAACGUCAUGUUGCAACGUCGCUCUGCAACGUCAUGUUGCAACGUCGCUCUGCAACGUCAUGCUGCAACGUCAUGCUGCAAGUCGCUCUGCAACGUCAUGUUGCAACGUCGCUCUGCAACGUCAUGCUGCAACUUCAUGCUGCAACGUCAUGCUGCAAGUCGCUCUGCAACGUCAUGCUGCAACGUCGCUCUGCAACGUCAUGCUGCAAGUCGCUCUGCAACGUCAAGCUGCAACGUCGCUCUGCAACGUCAUGCUGCAACGUCGCUCUGCAACGUCAUGUUGCAACGUCGCUCUGCAACGUCAUGCUGCAACGUCAUGUUGCAACGUCGCUCUGCAACGUCAUGCUGCAAGUCGCUCUGCAACGUCAUGUUGCAACGUCGCUCUGCAACGUCAUGCUGCAACGUCAUGCUGCAAGUCGCUCUGCAACGUCAUGCUGCAAGUCGCUCUGCAACGUCAUGCUGCAAGUCGCUCUGCAACGUCAUGCUGCAACGUCGCUCUGCAACGUCAUGUUGCAACGUCGCUCUGCAACGUCAAGCUGCAACGUCGCUCUGCAACGUCAAGCUGCAACGUCAUGUUGCAACGUCGCUCUGCAACGUCAUGUUGCAACGUCGCUCUGCAACGUCAUGUUGCAACGUCGCUCUGCAACGUCAUGCUGCAACGUCAUGUUGCAACGUCGCUCUGCAACGUCAUGCUGCAACUUCAUGCUGCAACGUCAUGCUGCAAGUCGCUCUGCAACGUCAAGCUGCAACGUCGCUCUGCAACGUCAUGCUGCAACGUCGCUCUGCAACGUCAUGUUGCAACGUCGCUCUGCAACGUCAAGCUGCAACGUCGCUCUGCAACGUCAUGCUGCAACGUCGCUCUGCAACGUCAGACAGCCAGACACACCUCGAUUUGACCGAAUACCAUCGUAUUCGGUUAAAUCUUUUAGCACCACUUGCAAUCUUGUCAUUUUCUGAUAAAAAAAAAAUAUGUUUUUAAGUAAUGUACAUUAAGAUUUCCGUCCAUUUUUUUGUUACAUUGCAUUUUUUAUUUGUAUGAUAUUUUAGUAUUGUUGUAUAAGUACUUUUAGAUUUUACGUAACAAUAAUUUUAUAAUAAUUUGCACGAUAGUAGUGUGAAUACUGGUUUUAUUUGUGAUGUAGAGACAUGUUACGUACGCUACGUAACUCUGAUUUACGGAAUAAAAAUUUCAACAAAUAUAUAGAUGACUCUGAAACAUAUAUCAGAGUGUUGAUAGUACGCGGCGCUCCCACCUGCGUGUCAGCAAACGAGCUGGGCUGUCAUAGACAAUAGCACAGACUGACAAUGUCACUUGUCAGAGUACGGGAAGCGUCAAAACAGUACUCGUGCUUCACACAUACUUUUUAAAAAAGGGAUUUUAUGACCUGGUAACUAAGACCUUUAGGUCAAGUCUAACACGUUGAACGCCAUAUGAAAAAAAGCGUAUUAAAAUUUAGUAUUUUCAUUCAGGCCGCGGUGCUCACCGGUGAGCCUUAUCUUACUGAACCAUUCGGGCCGCGAGGGUCACCCGUGAGCCUUUUAAAAUAUCUAAGCGAAACGAUCAAAGUCGCUAAUUUUUGUCUUCAGUGCAAAUUAGAGCAUUUUAUAAAUAUUAUGAUGGAAAUCUCAAAUUGAUAAAAAUUAGGUACUGAUUCUAUGAUUUUGGCUUGGCCCGAACGGUAUGGUAUGCUAGGCCCACCGGUGGGUCGCAAAGUGUACAACGUGUUGAGUACUUGAGGAAGUCACAUUAAUCAUUCACGAAGUAGUAGCUAGGGUUGGCCACAGUGGAGGCGCCUCCCAAUUAUUUUCUAUUUACACGCACGAAUCUUAUGUUUCUUAAAAAUAUUAAAUUUGAAAAUAACCAGAUUUAAUGUAUUUAUUUCGACAUAACAAAUAUUUCAUUUAUUUGUAUAAUUAUAUCGAGAGGUGAGAGGCUGUUUGGUUUAAGCGACAUUUUGCAAAUCUACAGGAGAGCCUUAAAUGGCUUAAAAUUUGGAAAAAAAAUAUCAUAACAAAAAAACUUCUUCAGCUAUGAGGAUGAAGUAAACUUAGUUAAAGUUCAAUUAAAAACACCGAAUUGUCGAUACUAAUCUAUCUAUCUAUAUAUAUAAAAAUGAAUUUCUGUUCGGUAGUCUCGCUAAAAACUCGAGAACGGCUGGACCAAUUUGGCUAAUUUUGGUCUUGAAUUAUUUGUGGAAGUCCAGAGAAGGUUUAAAAGGUACAUAACUAAGACAAAGCUCGGAAUUAAAUAAAAAUAACAAUUUUGUUUUUCUUUUGACGUGUCCCCCGUCGUCGGACGGAUUCCUUUUGUUCGUUUUAAGUUUAUUUUAUACAAAAGUUUAGGUCUUUUAUUUAGGCACUAUGAAGUCUGACGGGUCAGCUAGUAGUAAUAAAACGCAAAUUUAAUUACAAAAAUACAUGUCGCGUGUUAAGUGAGAUGUCGUUUAAAACAAAUAGCCUUUCACUCCUCGAUAUAAAAGUUGCGACUGUUUGGACAAUGACAGUAGCGUUCAGCUGGGGAUACUCGCUCUGUUGAGUCCGCACUCGUCCCUAACUGAACGCUUAGUAACAUAUGGUAGAUUUUAAGUUGACUUUAUUAACUGAAGACACGAGUGGAUGAAGGGGAUAAGUACCGUUUUUAAGAUUUUUGAGUUUUGACAUUGAAUGAAGAUGUCAUGUGCUUAUAAACCAUAUUAGAUGUUAAACGCUGGGCUUAAAGGCUAUUUUUAGAAAUUGCAUGUGAUGAAGUAUUUAUGUACGAAGAAAAAAUAUUAUCAAAUGAAAGUGACAUAGGCACUUAACGUAUUCUUUAAUUUUAAACGAUUCUAAACAACAAUAUCCUACAUAUUGGUAAAGAUAUGGAAGUACUAUAAUUUCACGCUUAAAAUAAUAAAAAUAACAGCUACAAACACCAUAAUAUCUCAAAAAUAAGUAACAAAAGUUUGUUACCCGUUUUUCAAAAUUAACAAAUUGCAUCAUAAUAUCUCCUUCAUCCACUCAUGUCUUCAACUAUUUGAUUCUGUAUAUAAAUCGUUGAGAAUAUUUACAACAAGAAGAGAAAAGAAAAAGAAACACGAUGUAUAUAAAUCUUUGUGUUUGACAAUUAUGUAAUUCGUGUUUAAGAAUGUCAAAGAUAUACCUCUGAAUGAACCGUCCAUUUUACAUUUUAUUAAUUACGUGCCUUUUUUACAUUUUAUUAAAAUAAAGUGGUAUUUUAAGAA